AACUUAUUCAUCCACAUUCUUCUAAAAGAAUAAAAAGAUAAAAGAGUAAAUCAGCUAUUUAGAAACACAUUAUUCUAUCACAAACUAAUUAAAAAAAAUGGCGCAUUGGUGUGCAGAAAAUGCUGCUAAAGCUUACCUUAAAACCGUAAAAAUGGGCAAAAGAGGUAAAGAGCCUGAUGUAGCAGAGUUUAUAUCAGCAUUAGCAGGAGGAAACAAUGCUAAACUCAUGGUGGAAGUUUGUGGCUCAAUUGCAGGCCCAACUACCUUGGGAUUGAUAGCUGCGGCCCAUCAAACUGGUGGGCGGGUUGUAUGCAUUUUACCCGGCCCAAAAGAAGUCCAUUUGUCCAAAUCUGAGUUGUCAAGUUACAUAAAUCAAGUUGAGUUUGUAACAGGAGAUCCACUAACCUUAUUGAGUAAUCGAUUCAAGGGAGCUAAUUUUGUCACCGUUGAUUGUAAUAUCAACGGUCAUGAUGUGAUAUUCAAAACUGCUGAGAAGGAUGGGAUCCAUAAUGCAGGUGGUGCAAUUGUUGUAGGGUACAAUGCUCAAAAUAAAGUGUCCUUAGGAGGACACUUCUUACCUAUUGGAGAAGGGCUGCAAAUUAGUAAAGUACCUAAAUACAAAGGUUUUAAGGAAUGUUAUGCAUAUGGGAUUAACGGAAAGAGGAGCAAAUGGAUAGUAAAAGUUGAUAAAUGUACAGGAGAAGAGCAUGUUUUUAGGGUCGCUUGUCCUCACCGAAAGGUUGUACAUGCUUAGAUAUGAAUUAAUAGGCAGAUGAUUUCUCCAUUCUUAUCGAUAUUCGUAUUUCAAGGUAAAGUAGAAUACAUAAUUUCUGAUUCAACCUAAAUAAAGUGUUGGAUCUAGCUAGAUAUCAAACUCUUACUAUCUUACUUUUAUUUAGUACUAGCUCUUUAGUAUGUAAAUAUUUAAGACUAUUGUAAAUUGAAAUGCACUUCUAGCUUUGUUUUUGAAAAAGCUUGAAGAUUUGCUGGUAUUACCUUACUGGAGUACUAAGUAUUUUUGAACGUAGAUUAUAGAUGAGUUUAAUAAUGCAACAAUCAUAGAUAUUUUUAUUUUUGCACAUUUACAUUAAUGAAUAUAAUAUGUGUUUAUUUGUUCUUUUAAAUUUACUAUAUCAUUCUUUUAAAUUUACUAUAUUGUACCAGUCAAAAUAAAAUUUUUGAACAUAAUACUCUAACAUGGACCAGCCCAUACUCGAGUUUGUUGCUACACCAAACCCGAGUCCCAUACGUCGCCAAGCAACCAGCUCUACAUCAUCCACCUUACCCCUCGUCAUUGCAUACUUAACACAUAUUUUAACUCUUACUAUCCAGCUUUUUUUAUUUUAAGCUUAUUUUUUAAAGUAUUUGGGAAAAUAAGUGUCUUUCCAAAUUAUUUGUAAAAAUAAACUUAUAGGAAAAACGCUGUUAAGAGCGGCGUUUUUAUACGCUAAUGAGCUGAAAAUUGGGUUUGGGUCAUCGAUAGGAUAAAACGCUAUCUAAGGGAGCGUUUUCAUAUUCUACUACGAAGACAUGUCCAUUAUUAUAUUCUUCUAAAAACCAACCCAUCAAUUCAUUCUUAUCUUUCUUCCUUCUCUGCCUCUUUCAACUCUAAAUUUGAGCUUCAAAUAUUAUGGUGGGUUGAUUAAAUAUUCUGAAUUUGCUCCAAACAUUCAUCAAGAUUCAAGUAAUUGAUUAAUUAUUCUGAAUUUGUUUCAAAUUAGAGCUUCAAAUAUUAUGGUGGGUUGAUUAAAUAUUUUGAAUUUGCUUCAAACAUUCAUCAAGAUCCAAGUAAUUGAUAAGUUAUUCUGAAUUUGGUUCAAAUUAGAGCUUCAAUUAUUUAAUCUUUUACAUAGUAUAUUAUCGAGACGGUGAAGACGUUGGUAUUGAGUUAUUGACUAUUAUGUAAUCAAUUGGGUCUAAUUAGUAUUAGAAGAUUGAGUUUUUUGGUGUUAUGGAGGUAUUUAUUGAUGAGUUUAAGAAACUUCAAGAUUGAAGGAUGGAUUUGCAGUAUGAUGGGUAUUCAGUAUAGCAGCAAAAAUUACAAACCAUCUACGGAUAAAUUAUAUAACAGCAAAAUUACGUAUAAAGAGAGGAUGAAGAUUUAGUGAGGUAUGAGCAAAGUAAAAAAAAAUAAAAAAUUAAUAAGCAAAAAAACGCAGUUGUAAACAGCGUUCUAUGCCUAUCACCCAUCUGAUACUAUCUUAUCUGACCUGUUGUGCGACAGCGGAAGCAAAGAUCGAAAACAAUAAUAAAACAAUAAUGAUUCAAAUAAACAAUGAAGAAAAUCACACCGGGAAAUUAACGUGGUUCACUAUCAACGUGAUAACUACAUCCACCGGCACUGAAAAUAAACUUUUCACUAUAAAUCGGGAGAUUACAAGAUGAACACGAGAAACCACAACAAUGGCUCUCCAAGCUUUUUUUCUCUUAGUUUUCCUCACUUUGUGUUUUGCAUUGCAUCCUCUUCUAAUUCUAAUUAAAUGGGGCCUUUACAUAGUAUACC